AUGAAACGGUGACAAGUAAAUAAAAGACUGCCAGAGUUAAUGAAUAUUGAGAGAUCUACCUUUACGUUAGGCACUACACGAGUCUGCUGUGCCAUUAACAACAUCCCUGCAAAACAGAUACCGAAGGAGAAACAUGACAGAGUGUAGUGUAGGCUACAUCAUGCGGACCUGAGGGAAGUCACUUUGACCAUAGGACUAUCCUGCGAGGAACUGCGGCAGUGGAUUUAACGUAACAUGAAUUCAAAUUUAAAAGACUGUAAUACAACAUCUUUGGGGCAAGGAUUUGUUUAAAGGCAGCGAGCCACAUAUUAAACCGCAUCGAUCCCUCUCAGGGGGAGGCGGGUCCAAGAGCGAAACACGGCCGCAUAAAGCUUAUAACUCACAGGAUGGGAUGAUUCUCUGAGUCUGUAGCCAAAGGGGUUUUACUAAACCGGUGCAUUUCCAAAUGCGGAGAUUUUGCUCCAGAAGAUAACGGCACGCGUUAUAACAGAAGGAUUCAUUCAGAGGAAUGAGCGAGUAUUUGUCUGCGCACGCAGUUUGGAUGAAAAGCAAUGGCAACAAAUCACGACCCAUGGUUGCCAUGGGUGAUAGUCUGUCAUGACUAUCUAGGCAAGAGGGUCUUCCAGGUUUCCCCAUCUACAGUAAUCAGAUACAUCAAAACCCUCAUCUACCAAGACACAGAUUACCCUGUGUCUGAACAACGGCUGUUUCAUAAUGGGAAACUGGUUCACGAUGCGGUUGAGAUUGGAAGUUUGGUGCCACACGGGAGCCAUGAAAUAAUCAUGACACUGCAUGGACGUGGCCCAAGAGGAGGAGGAAGGUUUGGUCAGACUACACCUCCUCUGGUUGAUUUUCUAAAAGAUAUUCUGAGAAGAUAUCCAGAGGGUGGACAGAUUCUUAAAGAGUUGAUUCAGAAUGCAGAGGAUGCUGGGGCCACAGAGGUUAAGUUUCUGUAUGAUGAGACAGAAUAUGGAGUGGAAUCACUGUGGUCACAUGACAUGGCUCAGUACCAGGGGACAGCACUUUAUGUCUAUAAUGAUGCAGUCUUCACCUCUGAGGACUGGAACGGUAUUCAGGAGAUAGCACGAAGCAGAAAAAGAGAAGACCCUCUGAAAGUGGGGAGAUUCGGUAUUGGAUUUAACUCAGUGUACCACAUUACAGAUGUUCCUAGCAUAUUCAGCGGGGAUCAAAUUGCGAUGCUGGACCCUCAUCAGAUGUUGUUUGGAGUUCAUGAGUCUGGCCAGUGCUGGAAUUUGAAGUCAGAUAUAAAGGAAAUAACCGAGCUUAAUGAUCAGUUUGCCCCUUAUUUUGGACCUCUCGGCAGCUCAGAGAAAACCAUUAAAGAUGGCAAUUUUCCAGGAACCCUUUUUCGAUUUCCACUCCGGAUCAAACCAUCUCAAUUGAGUAAUAACAUUUACAACAAAGAGAAGGUUCUGGAGCUCUUCGAAUCCUUCAAAGUGGAUGCAGACACCGUGUUGCUGUUUCUCACGAGUGUCCAGAAGGUCUCGUUGCACGUUCGUGAAUCCGACGGAACUGAGCGGAUGCUUUUCCAGGUCACAGCAAGCAAUAGCCAAGAAGAUAAGAUGGAGCGACCCAACUCUCUAAAGACCCUCGGGCAGGCUAUCGAUAGCUACAGCAAUGGUGUAUUGAGCAGUUCAGUCACCUGCGCCACCUACCAACUCUCCAUCGAACUGCGCGAUGAGACUACAAAAGAGACCCAGAAGACCACCUGGUUGGUUUGUAAUGGUGUGGGAGGGCGAGGGAUGUGCGGUGAACUGGAUUCUCUUGCCGAUGAUCUCAAAUUCAUACCAACCAUUGGUAUUGCCUUGCCCCUCACCCUUAUUGAUGAGGACAAUGGGGCAACUUCCAGCUUCUCAGGGCGUGCCUUCUGCUUCCUCCCCCUUCCCCUCGGAGAAGAAAGUAUGACAGGAUUACCGGUCCAUGUGAGCGGCUUCUUCGGACUGACAGACAACCGGAGGAGCAUUAAAUGGCGGGAGGUGGACCAGUGGAGGGACCCAGCUGCUCUUUGGAAUGAGUUUCUUAUAGUCACCGUCAUCCCAAGAGCUUACUUUACACUCAUCAUGGAGACCAUUAAGCGAUUCCAAAAUAAGAAGGACCAAGAUUUCCCGCUCUCACCCAGAGGUAUUUACAGGGCCUGGCCUGAUCCGAGCAGAAUACGACCACGCUGGAAACCAAUUCUGGAACCACUCUUCAACGACUUGCUCCGUCAGCAGGUCAUUUACUCACACAAUGCCAGCUGGGUCCAGGUGGAUGAAGCAGUGUUCUCAGAGCUGGACACCAGCAUGGACGCUACAGAAAUAGUUAUUAAAUACCUCCAGAGCUCAGGGAUGAUGCUGGCCCAGGUGCCGGCCUACAUCGAUGCAGUACUAACAACAUUUGUCACCAAACCGGGGAGCCUGAAGAGAGUCACCCCCGCUUCUGUUCGUCAGACUUUGAGGAAAUCUCGCCAUAAAGGGUCAUCAGAUGAAAAGCUUCUCCUGUUGGAGUUUAUUCUUACUGAUGCUUGCUAUAAUGACCUGAUUGGACUGGAACUUCUGCCUUUGCAGGACGAGACAUUUACUGUGUUCUCCUCUUCUGUGAAUGACAAAGAUGCCGUGUACAUUGCUUCACAGGAGUUUCCGAGAUCACUAUAUCCAGGACUGGAGGGCAGAUUUGUAUUGGAAAGCAUUCCCUCACAUGUCAUGGCCAGCCUGAAGGAAGCAGCUAAAAGCAGAGUUCAACAAUAUCUUUGGGGUUGUUCAGGUAGGCCCUGCACUCAAGUUCAAGUGUUAACCUCGGAGAGAUCGGCUCGCCUGAUUAAAGAAGUCCUUACUACAGCCUGGCCUGCUAGAGAUUUUGCAGUACUGUGGUACCCUGGUGAUCUAGAGAAGAAGCACCCCCCAGCAUCUUGGCUCAGAAUGGUUUGGAAACAUCUAUACAUAAACUUUGCUGAGGAACUUGGUGUCUUUGAAGAUAUGCCAUUGAUUCCAAAUGUGCCACUAACUGACAACUUGGAUACCUUAGAGCUGCUGCGCCUCAAAACUCCAUCUCCCAUCAUUCUUGUAAAUGAGGAGGAGGGCCCUCCCUCUGAACAUUUACUUGAAGUUAUGAAGAAGCUAGGCUGUGUUAUUUUGAAGCACCUUGAUCCCUGUUUGCAGCAUCCACUUCUGAAGAAUUACAUUCAUCCAUCAUCCCCAAGCAAUUUACUGCAGAUUAUGGACAGGUUUUCAUCCCAGAGAUUAUCCAGCCAGGUUUCAUCUCUGUCUGUCAAACAAAAGAUUGCCCUCAGAAGCUUUUCAGCUGGUCUUACGGAUGUCACAGAAAAAGAGAAACGCAUCAUUCAAGAACUUCCUAUCUUUAACAAGAUUGGGCAGAAGUCAAAGACCGAUCCUUCACUAUUUACUUCAUUGAAAGGAGCCAAGGUAUUACAUCAUACUGCCAAGCAUCCACUAGAUGUCAAAUUGUCUAUAAAUGUAGUUGACAGCACUGAUGAGGCAACAAUCCGACUGAUAAAGCUGUUAAAUAUUGAGCAGGUCAAAAGCACUGAAUGUCUGAAAGUGAUUAUUCAAGACGUUGAGAGGGGAUUCUACACCAAAGAGGAAGUGUACAAAAUCAUGCUCUGGGCUCUUACUAAUUUUUCUUUCCUAAAGAAUGAAAACAAGGCAGUAAUAAAUUGGCUUUCUUCUUUGAAGUUUAUUCACAGCUCUUCAGAAAAACCUUGUUCACCAACAGACUUUUUCGAUCCUGAGUUGGAGAUUUUGCAGAACCUGUUCUUCAUGGAGGAGGAGACAAGGUUUCCCCCAAAAGACUAUACAUCAUCUCCUGAUGUCCUUCAUUCUUUGAGACAACUGGGGUUAAAAAAUGAGGUUCAGCUCAGUGAAAAAGAUGUUCUUCAGGUUGCCAGAAAAAUUGAGGAAUUGCAAGAGAAUGACAAACCAGAAUGGGACCCCAUUAUAACAAAGGCAAAAACACUCCUUACUAUUCUGAACAAACAGACAAAGUUGGUAAAGUCCUCAGAGGUUGAGACAAACCUGCAAACAUUUAAAUGGGUCCCUGUUUGUAAAGACAGACCUUUGAAUUACCCAAAGUCACUUGCUUGGAUGGGCGAUUCUUGUAAUAUUUCAUCUCUUUCUGAAAUGUGUGAUAUAUCUCACGCUGUACUUGUUGGUUCUUCGGUUGCCCUGGUGGAACGCACCUCUGCUGGCAUGAAAAAAGCCUUGAAGUUAUCACUAGAGCCUCAUGUUGAUCAAGUUCUCCAGCAUUUGAAGGCAGUAAAUGACUGGCACAGAUCGCAAGCAUUCACCACUGAGGACUGGUAUCAAUUUCAGCAGAUAUUGUUUGAAAUCUAUGAAUUUAUGCAAGCUCAUUUGGAGGAUGCAAGAGAAGCAAUGAAGUCUCUGCCCUUUGAUUGGGUUUGGACUGGGAAAACAUUUGCUUCCCCUGGACAAACGGUUUUAAAGCCCAUACCAGAUUUGGACCUCCAGCCAUACUUAUUCUCUUUACCAAAGACCAUUGCUAAAUUCCGCAAGCUUUUUAAGUUCUGCGGCUCUGUUGAAGAAGUGGAUUCCAGCCAUGUGUUUGAAGUAGUCAAAACUAUCAGACAAAGGUGUGAGCAAGAGAUGACAAAAGUGGAGAGCAAACGUAAUCUCCUUCUCCUGAUAAACAUUUUACGAUGGCUUUACAACAGUCAGAUAUCUGUUGAUACUGACAUGCAUUUGCCCAUUCUUUACCACAAAGAUCCAAGCAAACUGGUUAUGAAACCCAUCCACGAAUGCACGUACUGUGAUAUCAAAGUAGAAGACUUGAAUGACUUGCUAGAUGAUGUUUCGGAGCCCAUCAUCCUUGUCCAUGAUGAUAUUCCAAUGAAAACAGCUGAAUGGCUGAAAGUCCCAUGUUUGAGCACAAGAUUGAUAAACCCAGAGAACCUUGGAUUUGAACAGUCAGGCCAAAGAGAGCCUUUAACGGUUAGGAUAAAGAACAUUUUAGAGGAGUAUCCAUCAGUUGCAGAUAUCUUCAAAGAGCUCUUGCAGAAUGCUGAUGAUGCAAAUGCCACUGAGUGUAGUUUCCUGAUCGACAUGCGAAAGAACCUUGAAAUCCGAGAAAAUCUGCUAGACCCUGGUAUGAUUGUUUGUCAUGGCCCAGCUUUGUGGUCCUUCAACAAUUCAGUUUUUUCUGAUACAGACUUCCUCAAUAUAACCAGGCUGGGUGGCUCUAUCAAAAGAUGUGAAGCGGACAAAGUGGGCAAAUUUGGUCUGGGGUUCAACUCUGUUUAUCAUGUCACUGAUAUACCCAUUAUUAUGAGCAGAGAAUUUAUGAUCAUGUUUGAUCCAAACAUCAAUCACAUCGGCAAACACAUCAGAGACAAAUCCAACCCCGGCAUCAAAAUCAACUGGAGCAAACAACAGAAACGACUAAGAAAGUUUCCUAAUCAGUUCAAACCUUUCAUAAAUGUAUUUAAUUGUCAGCUCCCCCUGUCACUGGAGUCCCCUUACAAGUAUGAUGGGACCCUCUUUAGACUUCCCUUCAGAACUGAGCUGGAAGCAUCACUAAGUGAAAUCAGCAGCAUUUACUACAACACCACUGAUAUCUACUCUCUUGUAGAUGAAUUCAGCAUCUGUGGCCAUCGUCUCAUUCUGUUCACACAGCAUGUUGGAACAAUGGUCUUGAAGUAUCUGAAAUGUGAGGAGCCGAACCCUGCUGGGGCACAGGAUGUUGUCACGAUAAACAAAAGUGUGUGGUCCUCCAAAGCGUCAUACGGUCCACUGAGUAUUCUGAAAUCUGCUGCCAAAGUCAUGAAAAAAGUAGCAGGGACUAACCGAGUGCCAUCUGAGGUUCCAAAGUCUGGCUGCAUCAUCAGAAUUGUAGUGGAAGAGUUCCACAAUAUCUUCAGACGAAUCGUUGAUCUUCAUUCACCACUUUUCAGAGGUUCUGAAGAGGAUCCAUCCUCCUACUUUGAAAUGGCAAAUAAAGGCAAUCAAACAAAGAGACUUACAGAUGACAUGCCACAGAAGGGAGUAGAAAAUACCAACUGGCUUAUCUGUUCAUGCAUGGACGUGACAGAAGCUCUAAAGUUCUCCUUAAGUGAUGGCGGAAAACGCCUUGGUCUGGUACCAUGUGGAGGUAUUGCUGUGUUGCUUUCUGAAGAAGACAACAGAAAAUGGACUGUAAAGACAAGUGCGACACCAGUUGGUGAAGUGUUCUGCUACUUACCCCUUAGAAUCAAAACUGGCUUGCCCGUGCACAUCAACGGUUGCUUUGCAGUCACAUCAAACCGUAAAGAGAUCUGGAAGACAGACACGAAAGGACAAUGGAACUCUAUUUUUAUGAGACAUGUGAUUGUUCAAGCAUACUUGGCUGCCCUUAACAUGCUGAGGUCAAUGGCAGAAAGUGGAGAAUUAUUAGACUACAGCUAUUAUGCAGCAUGGCCUGACCCUGGGGUUGUCCAUGAUGACUUCAAUUUGAUUUGCCAGGGAGUUUAUCAGGAAAUAGCUAAGGGUGACGAUGAUCAUGCAAAAGUCUUUUCCGAUGGGAAUACCUGGGUGUCAAUCAAGAAUGUUCGCUUUUUGGAUGACUCUUUGCUUUGCAGACCCGACAUGGGAUCUGCUGCAUUCAAGAUAUUCUUGAAAUAUCUUAAAAAGUGUGGUUCCCAUGAAUUCUGUGCUGUUGAUCUACCAGACUGGGUCAAGGAAGGCUUUGAUGAUGCUGGUUGUAAAGGGAAAUUAAUGGAGAACACCCUGACAGAGACACAGUUCUUCACAGAUGUUUUCUUCCCUCAUAUCCAAGACAUAGACAAGGAACUGCGUGACCCUCUAAUGUAUUAUGUCCUUAAUGAAAAACUAGAGGAUUUUGCAUCUAUACUGAGGGAAACUCCAUGCAUUCCAUGUUCAGGACCAUCACAGAAGCUUGUUGUGCCUUCUCGACUCAUUCAUCCUGAGGGCAGAGUAGCUAAACUGUAUAACAGUGAAGAUGGAAGGUUCCCUGAAGGAAGUCUGAAAGAUUAUGUUAAUCCAGUAAGCCUAGUCAAGUUAUUACAGCUGGGUAUGGUCAAGGAUGACCUGUCGUGGGAAGAUUUGAUUGAACGAGCUGAGUCUGUAUUGGCUCUGAAUGAAAAUGACCACACCAUUGCGUGCCACAGGAGCAGCAUCAUCCUUAGUCUCAUCGAUGAAAAGCUUAAAAUGAAAGACCCAGCAGCAAAUCAAUAUCUUGUCAAAUUACAAAACAUCAAGUUUCUUCCCUUUUUGACCAAACCUGCUGGAUUUUCACUUCCAUGGCAUGGAAACACGUUUCCCCAAUCCACCAUGUUCUCUGCGAAAGAGCUUUUUACAACAGACCACCAGGACACUGUUUGCUUAAUGAAGCCCAUCCUGAAUGAAAAUUCCCCCUCUUUCAAAGGAUGUGGUCCCAUCUCACUGGCUGUGAAAGACUUACUUGGAUUGAUAAAAAAGCCAUCUGUUGCUUUAGUCAUCAGCCAGCUGAAAGAGCUCUCAAAAUCCUUUGAUGGUAUUACACUGUAUCAGGAGAACAUAACUAAUGCAUGUUACAAAUAUCUCCACGAAGAGUUGCUACAGUCCGAUGCGGCGAACGAGGAAAUCAUGGAGGAGCUGAAAACAUUUAGCUCAAUUCUAGUGGAGAAUACAUAUGUUGAGCCAUCCAAAGUGGCAUUUCAUUUAAACUUUGAUGCAGCACCAUAUCUUUACCAGCUUCCUAACAAGUACAGAAAUAGUUGUCGAGAAGUUUUUGAAAAUGUGGGAGUUCGGCCGAGCUUCACUGUUGAAACUUUCUCAGAUGUUUUACAACAGAUUAAGAAUGAAUGUGGAAGAAAGCCCCUAACCGAAGAGAACUUUCAGCUGUGUCGUAGAAUCAUUAGCGAGGGCAUAUGGAGCUUGAUCCGAGACAAAAGUCAAGAAUUCUGCCAAAGCAACUAUGGAGAGAUACUUCUUCCUGACAGCAAUUUUACACUACAGCCAUCCAAAUCACUUUGCUAUAAUGACUGUCCUUGGAUUAAAGUCAGAGACACAACUGUUAAAUACUGUCAUAGUGAUAUUCCAAGAGAGGUGGCAUUAAAGUUGGGGACAAUUCCAAAAAGACACAAAGCCUUAGAAAGAUAUGCCUCCAACAUCUGCUUUACUACCCUUGGGAGUGAAUUUGGGCAAAAGGAGAAGCUCACCAGCAGAAUCAAAAGUAUACUUAAUGCAUAUCCAUCAGAAAAGGAAAUGCUGAAAGAGCUCCUGCAAAAUGCAGAUGAUGCAAAAGCCACAGAAAUAUACUUUGUGUUUGAUCCAAGGAACCAUCCAACAGAUAGAAUCUUUGAUGACAAAUGGGUGCCAAUGCAAGGCCCAUCACUCUGUGUGUACAACAAUCAACCAUUUACAGAAGAUGAUAUUAGAGGGAUUCAGAAUCUCGGACGAGGCACCAAAGAGGCAAACCCGGGGAAAACUGGGCAAUAUGGCAUUGGAUUUAACUCUGUGUAUCACAUUACCGACUGUCCUUCCUUUAUCUCAAAUAAUGACAUUCUUUGCAUCUUUGAUCCUCAUGCACGUUAUGCACCUGGAGCAACAUCUGUUAGUCCUGGAAGAAUGUUUAGAGAUUUAGAUUCAGACUUCAGAUCACAAUUUUCUGAUGUAUUAAGCUUAUACCUAGGGAAUCAUUUCAAGCUGGAACGCAGCACAAUGUUCCGGUUUCCCAUACGAACCACAGAAAUGGCCAAAAUCUCGGAAAUUAGCUCAUUACCAGCUUCAGAUAGAAUGGUUCAAAAUUUUCUUGAUAAAAUUCGAACGGAUGGUUCAGAACUUCUCAUGUUUUUGAAUCACAUGGAGAAAAUUUCUAUAUGUGAAAUUGAGAGUGGGACUGGGGAUUUAAAAACUCUUUAUUCUGUCAGAGCAAAAAUCACAGAUGGGGAUCGCCUAAAGCGAAAACAAUUUCACAGCUCCGUUAUAGACAGCGUUACCAAGAAAAAACAGCUGGCCCAAAUUCCUAUCCAACAGAUUACGUACACGAUGGACAUAGAGGACACAGAUGGAAAUUCCACAACAUGGAUGAUAUGUAACAGAUCUGGAUUUUCUGAGAUGGAGAAAGUAACGAAGAGUGUAAUUUCAGCGCACAAAAAUGAGGAUAUAACACUUUAUCCACGUGGUGGUGUUGCAGCAUGCACCAGCCAUAACUACAAAAAGCCUCACAGAGCCUUCUGUUUCCUUCCUCUGUCUCUGGAGACCGGCCUGCCGUUCCAUGUAAAUGGCCAUUUCGCUUUAGAUUCUGCAAGAAGAAACCUGUGGAAGGAUGACAAUGGAGUUGGAGUGAGGAGUGACUGGAACAAUAACCUGAUGAAAGCACUCAUUGCUCCAGCAUGCGUAGAACUGUUAAUUCAGUUGAAGCGUCGGCUCUUUCCAGGCCCAGACCCCACAAUGACAAUAUUUCAAGGAAUGCCAAUUCAUGUUGUCAAGGAUAUUUUGAGAAAAUUCUUGUCCUUCUUUCCAGUGAACAGACUUGAGAUUCAACCAGAUUGGUAUUGUUUGGUAAGAGCAAUCUACCAAUGCCUUCAUUUAGAGCUGAAAAGACUACUCCCUGUUUUAAGAGCACCCCACAUCGAUAAUACAGAUAUUCAUUCUGCAACUUACAUCUCCUGGGUAAACACAUCUACCUCAAGCAAAGGUCGGGCAUUCUUUGACAACUUACUGCAGGAUGAGUUGCAGCAUCUUAAAAACACGGAGUAUAACAUAACAACACGGAAAUCUGUGGCAGACAAUGUUAAAAGAUUGAAGGCCAUGCUCCUGGAUGUUGGGUUCAACUUAAUCCACAGCUGUGAUGAAACAGCCAGUCUCUACUUCUGUCUGGAGGAUGCCGGGAUUCCAGUAAACUAUGUGACACCAGAGGAUGUUCGCAGUUUCCUUUUGACAUUCUCACUCCCAGACACAUCUUGCCAAGUUGGAAAAUUACCUUGUCGGCUGCAGCAGUCUAAUUUCAAGCUCUUCCAUGGUCUUAAGCUGCUUGUUGAUUUCUGUUUCAAAGAUGUGGAGGAGAAUGACAUUAACUUACAAGGGUUGCCACUGCUGAUGACAAUGGACAACAUUUUGCAAGUGUUUGACUCCAGACAUCCAAAGUUUCUGACCAAUCAUCAUGAGCUCAUCUCAUCGAGGAAAGAGCUUUUCAUGCAUACCUUAUACCUGAAGUACAGCAAAAUCCUUCUGAAAGCAGGUGUGGCAAAGGUUUUUGACAUAAGCAGUUUUGGAGAUCUGCUAGGAUCUGUUCUUCACAGAGACUGCAGAACAAAGAUGUCAGUCAAAUGGAAAGAGGGCUGUCCUACUGAAUCCUGGCUUAAGAGUGUAUGGCACUUCAUCAGUGAACAACUUGCAACCAAAGACUAUGAGGCAGACAUCAGUUCUAAAUUUGAGACUGUUCUAGACAUCUUGAAAGAUUGGUCACUACUUCCAGGAAUCAAAUUCAUGGUGUCAGGGAACAAAUUAGUUGUGCCAGAGCAUGAUGUUUUGUUACCCCUAAGUCUAAUCUUUGCAGCCAUCUUCCCAAAUGGGCAAAAUGACAAAGUCUUUCACACUCUCAUGAAGGGAGGAUGCUUUCAGUUGGCUGUAAAUAAAUUGUGUGCCAAAGAGAGCCCUGUCUUCUCACUUUUAGCUCAGCAUACUGCAAAUAUAGACAAUCCGUCCAGCAUACUUCGAGCACUUGAGUACAUGAUCCAGACAUCAGCUUUCAAAACAGGAAGCUUGACAGACAAAGACUUCGAAGCACUUUUGUUGUACUUCAACUGUAAUCUGACAAAUUUGACUCAAGAUGAUGUUCAGAGUUUAAAACUGUUGCCGUGUUACAAAGCUGUCAGUGGCCGAUAUAUCUGCCUUGCAAACUUUAGGGCAUGCCAUGUUCUGACAAAAAGCCUUCCCUCUGCCGACAUUGAAAAGUGGGCACACAAUACAUCUUCAGCCUUCCUUGUGGACAACCCACAGCUCAAAGAACUCCACAGCUUUCUUGGCUGCACACCAAUUGAUGACCUUGAGGUUUACCUUAAUCAUCUUCUACCAAAAUUUGACAUUUUGUCACAUGAUGCCAAAAUCCAGCAUGUUAUCUAUCUGAAGGAGAGGUUGUUGGCAAUGGAAGAGCCAUGUUGCAUCAAGGAUCAACUCUAUGAAAAACUAGAGGGUCUUUCCUUCAUUUUUGAUUCCACCAAUAGGCUAAAACCCGCCAAAGCCUUUUUCGAUCAAACUGUUAAAGUGUUUGAGGUGAUGCUUCCACCAAAAUCCUUUAUCCCCAAUGAUUUUUUCAAAAAGAUUGAGCAAGUAUCAAAGCCAAAACAAGGGACAACUUAUUUAUCCGCAUGGGUAACCUUCCUACGCAACAUUGGUUUGAAACAUGCUGUGUCUCAACCGCAAGUUUUACAGUUUGCAAAAGAAAUCAGCAUCAAAGCUCACACAGAGAACUGGUCCACAGAAAAAGUUCAGACUAAUGUUGAUGUUCUUCUGAGUCACAUUUUCAAUGAUAGAACUGAUCUGUUUGAUGGAGCAUUCCUCAAAGAACUGUCUAUGAUACCAUUCCUAUGUCCAGAGCGAGCUCCAGCCGAGCUUGUUCGCCUUCAUUGUCAGUACCAGGAAAUGAAUGGAAAUCUCCCUCUAAUUCGCUUCAAUGGGUCUCAAGUAAAUCCAAAGUUCAAACAAACCGAUAUCAUGCAGUUGUUGUGGACAUCCUGCCCUAUUCUACCAGAGAAGGCCACCCCAGCAAGCAUAAAAGACCAAGAAGGUAAUACACUUGCCGGCCAAGAGCAGCUUGAUCUCAUUUUGACCAUGUUAAAUGUCAAUGUGGAUCCUCCACUGGAAAAAGUCAUUAGCAAUUGCAAAAACAUAUGCAGCAUGGCUAACAUGGAUGACGACACAGUUAAAACACGAAACAAAGUCUUAAGGAGCAUUUAUGAAUUUCUAAACACAGAUAAACUAGAAUUUCGUUUUCAGUUACGAGGAGUGGCCUUUGUUAUGGUCGAGGAGGGUUGGAAACUCCUCAAACCAGAGGAGGUUGUCAUUAAUUUGGACAAUGAAUCUGACUUUAAACCCUACUUGUACAAACUCCCUCUUGAGCUUGGUACAUUUCACCAACUAUUCAAACUGUUAGGAACUGAGGAUGUUGUCUCAACUAAACAAUACGUUGAAGUUUUGGGUCGAAUAUAUAGAAAUUCAGAAGGAAAGCAGCUUGACCCCAAUGAAAUGAGAACUGUAAAAAGAACAGUCUCUGGGCUGUUCAAAAGUCUCCAGAACGAUCCGGUACAGGUCCGAAAAGACCUUGAGAAUCUCAGAGAUUUGACAUUUUACCUUCCGAGUCAUGAUGGACGCUUGGCCAAAUCAAACACGUUAGUCUUUGAUGAUGCACCGCAUUACAAGAGUCGAAUUCAGGGUAAUGUUGGUGUCCAGAUGCUAGUCGACAUGAGUCAGUGUUACCUCGGUAAAGACCAUGCCUUUCACACAAAGCUGAUCAUGAUGCUUCCACAGAAACUGAGACCUAGGCUUCUGAGUAGUAUCCUUGAAGAACAACUUGAUGAAGAUUCUCCAAGAAUGUGCCAAUUCGGUGCUCUCUGCUCACUUCAGGGCCGGCUUCAAUUGCUCCUGUCAUCAGAGCAGUUUAUCACUGGACUAAUUCGGAUCAUGAAACAUGAGAAUGAGAACGCAUACAUGGUGAAUGAGGAAAAAGCAAUACGAUUAUGCAAAGCUCUUUGUGAGGGCUUAAAGGUGUCUUGUUUUGAGAAGCUACAGACGACAUUGCGAGUAAAAGGCUGCAGCCCGAUUCCCCACAGCCGUAGUGAAACUCUUGCCUUUCUUAAAAGGUAUGGAACAGCAGUCAUUCAUCUCUACAUUCAGCAUUCUGACAGCAAAGACAUAAAUUUUCUUCUCGCUUUGGCUAUGACUCUAAAGUCAGCUACAGACAACCUAAUUUCUGACACCUCCUAUCUUAUUGCUAUGUUGGGUUGCAAUGACAUCUACAGAAUAACAGAGAAACUGGACAAUCUUGGUGUCAAGUAUGACACAACUGAGCCCUCAAAGCUGGAGCUUCCACUUCCUGGUACACCCAUACCUGGAGAGAUUCAUCAUUUACUUCUCAUGGACCCCAUGAAUGUUUUCUACCCUGGAGAAUAUGUUGGUUACCUGGUAGAUUCAGAGGGAGGUGAUAUUUUAGGCUCCUAUCAGCCUACCUACACAUACGCAAUAAUUGUUCAAGAGGUAGACCGAGAAGAAGACAAUCCAAGUGUCCUUGGAAAAUGCUUCCAAAUUGACAUUGGGUAUAGUGAGUACAAAAUUGUCAGCUCUCUUGAUUUGUACAAAUUUUCCAGACAAGAUGACAGCGCCAAUGUUCGAGAUGGAACACCAACUCCAACAAGCCCCUCAGAGAGUCAUUCACCUAGUGCCAGAAUGAUACCUCCCUUAUUUCCAGGCAAGGAAAAUCGCAGAGCUCCACAAACAGAGUCAGCCCCCAAAAAGAUAAAACUCAAUGCACUACCUGGAAUUCUAAAAGAAGUUACUUCGGUCAUAGAACAAGCUUGGAAACUUCCGGAAACAGAACGCAAGAAGAUUAUCCGGCGCUUGUAUUUGAAAUGGCACCCUGACAAAAAUGCAGAGAAUCUUGACAUUGCCACAGAAGUCUUCAAGCACUUACAAAAGGAGAUCAACCGGAUGGAGAAGCAAACGCAGGCUGAGCAGGCCGCGGAUCGGGGAUCAAGGAGACCUUUCUCUGCAUCUUCCACUCGAUUCCAGUCAGAGAAAUUCUCAUUUCAGCGAUUCUACACAUCCUGGAACCAAGAAGCAACAAGCCAUAAGUCGGAAAAGCAGCAAUUCCGAGAGAAGUUUACUAGCUAUGCAGGCACAUCUCACUCGAAUCGUUUCUUUGUACCGCCAUCAUUCAAAUCUGUUGGGAACCCUGUGGAAGCUCGUCGGUGGCUGAGACAAGCCAGAGCCAACUUUUCUGCAGCGAGAAAUGACCUUCACAAAAAUGCAAAUGAAUGGGUGUGUUUUAAGUGCUAUCUGGCAACAAAGCUUGCAUUAAUUGCUGCAGAUUAUGCAGUCCGAGGGAAAUCAGACAAAGAUGUGAAGCCCACAGCACUUGCACAGAAGGUGGAGGAGUACAACACCCAACUAACAGGACUGGCAAAGGAUGUGAACAUUUUGGAGGGAUAUGGUGUGGACAGUUUGAGAACACGCUACCCUGACCUUCUUCCCUUUCCUCAGAUUCCCAAUGACAGAUAUACUUCGGAAGUAGCAAUGAGAGUGAUGGAAUGUACAGCUCGGAUAAUCAUCAAACUUGAGACGUUUGUCCAACAUAAAAUCUAAACUGU